AGUCUGAUUUGAGAAUAAGGGUCUAGAUAAGCAACCAAGUAGAUACUCUGUGUGCCCAACAUCAUUUUUAACAGCUUGUUUUGCUCUUUGAUUCUGUUCACAAUGGCACAGGUCAACAGAUGUCUGAAACAGCUGUUCUUUGGAUUCAACAUGUUGUUAGGGAUUGCAGGGUGUGUCCUAUUGGUUUUGGGAAUGAUCGCAGCACCACAUAAUACAGAGCAUGACCAAGGAGAGUCAAUUGGCUUGACAUGGAUUAUAUCGACUGCAGUUGUUUCUGUGCUGCUCUCUCUACUUGGAGCAUAUGGUGCAUACCGAGAGAACAUUGUGAUACUGAGAUUGUUCCUUGGAAUAAUAGGCUUUGGAUCAAUCCUUUUUCUUAUUUUGGGAUGUAAAGUGGCUCGUUCAAUGCCUGAGGCCAUGCAACUGAUUAAAGAAAACCUCCCUGCAAUUACAUCAGAAAUGAUGGCUGAUGCAGAGCAGCGACAAACUAUCAUGGCUCUACAAGUACAAGGUAAGUGUUGUGGAAUAAUGAGUUACAGAGACUGGGAAAGCAAUAUUCCAGAGACCUGUCAAUGUUCUAGUUUCAAGUCAGACCCAUCCCAAUGUAUGGAGGUUCAAAUGACUAAAGAUGGCGGCAACUGGGGAAGAUCUGACAAAUCUGAAAUGAUGUGGAUCUACAGAGAGCCCUGUGGUCCUCUCAUCUUGGAGAACUUCGACUCUGCGUUUAAGUCCGUACUUGGAUUCUUCCUUGGAUUCGGUUUGUAUGCUUGUAUUGGGCAAGUGUUAUCCGGCGUGAUGAUUCGUCAGGUCAAGAAGGUGCAGUCUACUGACGUCCCUGAGCCUAUAGAAGAUGGACAUCGUUUCACACCGCAAUUCCAGGCAAUUCGCCAUGUGGAGGGAGUUGCGGGAGUUGAACCGACGACCUUCUACCCAUAACCAGGGAUGAGGUCAGGGUUUCAGUUUGUUGGCAUCCUGGCAAGCGGCGAGGAGUAGAAGGUGCUUGAACAACGUGAGACGAGGUGCAACCAGAUAAAGAAGAUGAGUGUUCGGGAACGAAAAGGCACAACUCACUGCUCACAGUUAUAAAUGAUGGCAUUUUGGAGUCACUGUUAUUGUAAAUCAAGUCUGUUUUAAUGAAUAAUCCUGAAUGAAUCGUGAGUAAGGAUGAGUGAGAAACUUACAGAGGCGCUAAUAUCACAACUCACUGCUCACAGUUAUAAACAUGACGCUUUGUUUAUCUCAUUUGUGUAUAACAUUAUUAUUUCUUAAAUCAUAACAAAGGUGAGUCUGUCCACAGCUUUUCUGGUCCUUCUGAUGCAGUCCAUUAAAACGGAGCAAAACGUCAUGAUUUUAACUCAACUUAGAUUAGUAACGUAUCAAGCUUUUAACUAAGAACGAAAGUCAUGCUUUAAAAAAAAAAACUUUUACAUUCAGGCUAGAAGAGUAAGAAGUGACCUUCGUGUGACCUUAGUAUGACCUUAGUGUGACCUUCGUGUGACCUUAGUGUGUCCUUAGUGUGUCCUUAGUAUGACCUUAGUGUGACCAUAGUGUGACCUUUAGAGUGAGACAUUAUGAAGCACUGUAAUAGGGACGUUCUGCUCUAGAUGCACUAACAACAAUGAAUGUCUGCGUCCCAAACGGUAACCUCUUCUCUACUACCCCAUAAGGGCUCUGGUCAUAAAUAGUGCACUACAUAGGGAAUAGGGUGCAGUUUGGGAAGCAGACCAACGUAAUCAGGAAGCUCUGCUCCAACCCCACACUGACAAUAUGCUCUGUCUUCUGUCUUCAAUAUGGCUUGUAAAUCAGCUUUCUGAGAUGAGCUUUGUUGUUUACGUUGGAAAUCAUGUCUUAUUGUACACAGCUAAAUUGCUAGAUUGUAUUUCCACAGUAACGUGUCGUCAGAAACCAAACGUCUAGAGACUAAACGUCCAUGCAAGCAGCACUGGAGACACUGCAGUGACCCCCUGUGACACAAUAAAUGAUGUCGUUUGGAGUCACUGUUA